AUGGCCCUGUCAUUGCCGGGAGAGGAGGAAAGCGCUCCCGUAAGCGCUAUGCUCGGACUUCAGAGUUCUGGCAACUCUCAAUCCAGAACUGGUUUUUUGGUAUCUAAAUUUGUGUCAGGACAGGCGUCAACCGCGCAGUCCAAAUUUAGUUUAGUUAAAGCUUCAUUUUUUCGCGGAAGCUUUGCCUUUCAAGGAAUUUUUUUUGCCGCGAGGUAUGAAAGGUGGUGGUUAUAUUCGUACAGUGUUUUCAUCAGGUGCUUUUUCAUCUUGAGUAGACAGUCUACCUACGAAACGAGUUAUUUUAGUCCAACGCUGCUUGAAUGGCAUCUUAACGGCUUUAGAUACAAAAUAAACUUCGAGUUCCACAGGCUAUUGCUGGUUCGUUACCAUCGUAAGGCACAAAUAUUUGGCGGUUUGACUAUGGAGACGAAUUCUUGUAGUAAGCGGUCUUCGUAG